AUGGGGCAGAUUUUGAGUUCCCCGCUUAAGGAAAAAGCCCUGGAGCUGGGCGGCGAUAACUACGUGGCCUACGGGUUGUCGUGUAUGCAAGGGUGGCGGAUCAACAUGGAGGACGCCCACGCCACCAUCUUGGACAUGAAGCAGGUCCACGACUACCGCGACGGCGACGAAGAGGGCGCUAACGCCGCCAACAACAACAAUACCGCCGCCGCGCCCGCCGACGACGGCAGCGAGGACCACGUGGCGUUUUUCGGCGUCUACGACGGCCACGGCGGUGAGAAGGCCGCCAUCUUCACCGGAGACCACUUGCACGAGCUUAUCAAGGCCACCGACGCCUACAAGACCGGCGACUACAUAAACGCCCUCAAAGAAGGGUUUUUGCUGUGUGACCAGGCGAUCCUCCGAGACUUCUUCAUGCGUGACGACGACUCCGGCUGUGCCGCCACCCUGGCGUUGAUCACCGCCUCCAAGGUGGUGUGCGGUAACGCCGGUGACUCGCGUACGAUCAUGUCGAUUAACGGGUAUGCCAAGGCGUUGUCCUACGACCACAAGCCCUCCAACGAAGGCGAAAAGGCCCGUAUUUGCUCUGCCGGCGGUUACGUCGACAUGGGCCGUGUCAACGGUAACUUGGCGUUGCUGAGGGGUAUCGGUGACUUUGAGUUCAAGAAAAACGUCAACUUGCCCCCUGAAGAACAGAUAGUGACGUGCUACCCCGAUGUCAUCCAGCACGAGAUCAACUACGCCAACGACGAGUUCGUGGUGCUUGCUUGUGACGGUAUCUGGGACUGCUUGACUUCGCAAAACUGUGUCGAGUGCGUGCGCCGCGGCAUCUACGAGCGCAAGCUGUUGGUGGAGAUCUGUGAAGAAUUGAUGGAAUUGUGCUGCGCCCCCAACCUGGGCGGCCUGGGCAUUGGGUGCGACAACAUGCUGGUGGUGAUCGUGGCGCUUUUGGACCACGCCCACGGCGAAACCCUUGAACAGUGGUACGACAAGAUCAUUGCCCGCGUCGAGUUGGCGGAAAAGGGCGACAAGAAGUAUGGCGGUAUUCUGGCGCCCUACGGCGAGUUGUACAAGCAGAUGUACGGCGACGGCUACGAGAUCGGCCAACAGGGCCUGCUGAAGAGCGGCCGCCGUGACAGCGACAUGCAUGACCCGGAGAUGGAGGAAGAAGGGCUUGGUGACGUCGCCGGGCUGCCGAUCACGUUGCAGAAGUUGUUGCAGCUGAACGCCAUCACCAACGAGAACGGCGUGAUCUACUUGGACACGUCGUCGGCCCAGCUGUUGUUGGCGCAUUUUGGCAUGCUGGAUGAGGUGACCGGCGACGACGACGACACCGAAAAAGUCGAGGAGGUGGCGGACGAGGACGCCCCGACCAAAGCUGACGAGUAA